GGGAGGAGCGCGAGUUGGCGGCCAUGGUGGCUGAGUUUCGACUCUGUGCGGGACCUGCAGUCUCCUUUCAGGAGUUUGAGACUCACUUACGCUAUGAAGGGGAUGUUUUUAUUGGUGCUGUAUUCACCCCGGAGCCCUUUUGGAAGGCAGUGAGGCGGACGGCAAAGGUGCUCGUCUCCCAAGUGGCCGGUGCGGCAACAAUCGCGUUUCUCUGGGCUCUGGUUUGGGUGGGAUACUGGUGGGUCUGUGCGAGAGGACGGUGGAUUGUGCUUGAUGUUGCUCGCCGCAUUGUCGCUGUCCUAUGCUUUGUCACUAUGGUGCUACUUACCGCUGAGGGUAGCCUUCGUGGGGCCCUCCAUCGCUUGACAACCACGUGGCCCUUCUUUGCUCCCACCAUGAUCAUACACGUCGGCGGUGCUGUGUUCUUCCACGUGGAGGCCUUGUGGCCUUACCGCAUUAUAAUUGCAGGUUGUUUCUAUGUGUACGUAGGGCUUGUCCAGCCAGUGAUGUAAGAAAGGGAAGAAAUGAAGGACACUCUUACAAUGGCAGCUCACACUCCUGUGUGCUCCCUGCAGGGUCUUCCGCCAAGUGGCUCUCACUUCGAGGACGGUCGUAAGAAAACGUCUUUAUGUCAUGCAGAUGGGGCUCGUAUUUUUGCUGAUAGUGACUUAUGCGUCUUCAACACGAUCCUGCUUCCUACCGCUUGCCCAAGACGCGGCGAGCGGUGGCGAAAAUAAAAGCAUUGUCGUCAUCACGUGGCUGGUCGCAAUGUCGCCCCUUGUUGCACUCUGUAAGGACAUCAUAAUGCACCAUUCUCGUAGCCCUUCAAUUGUCUUUCAGUGAUGGCGCUAGUACGCUCAUUACGCGACGGUCCCGCACUACAAACGGGUCUAGCGAUUUCUUAUCCGGCGGUAGCUUUCGUUCUGUAAGAUCAGACGUUCUCUAUGUAUUCCCUCACUGACCAAUGUUUUGAAUCUUCUAUUCUCAGCUACCCACGGAUCGUACAAGCAGAGAUGCAGCAUCCGUCGUCUCAGGUCAGUUGAACUAUGCUGUCUGUGCCUUGUUUAAAUUCCUCUUGCUUCUCUCGUCUCUUCCCAGGUUCUGACUUCGCUUAUCUUCGCGUCGUUCGACUUGUUGACCGACAUGGCCAUCCCAUAUUGUUAGUACAUAUAUGCACACAUGAGACGUAUAUGCGACCAUCGCGGGAUUAAUGCUGUCUGUCUGUAUGUAUGUCUGUCUCCGCAUGCAGUGAUGCUUGUUAGCGGUGCGGCUAAGAGAGCUUUGGUGCGGUGCCUGUCCUCAUGGAAAGCACGCAGGAAAGUCCGACAUCAGCAUUCAAAUGACACGUCCCACACCAUCGCUGCCGAAGACACCGCGGAAAACGCUGAAGAAACAAUCACCGACAAGCAGCUGCCGGCCAAACUGCUCAGCCGUCUGUCCACUACGGUAUUGAGCUUCUACACAGGGAGUCGCACAGGUGCCAGCGCUCUCUUCAGCCGCCAAUCGCUGAGGUCCCUGAGCUCAUUUCUCGAUGUCCCCACACGAGUUGUCCAGUUCAAGCUUCACCCGAUAUUCCUCAGGAGGCUCAGCGACGUAAGGGAGGAGCAUGUGAAUUGUCUUUAUACCUUCAAAUCCCACGUCUCCCCCAUGUUCUGGCUGAUUUCCGUCGAUGGACGAUGAAUGCAGCAGAUGCACGCUUACGGCUUGGCGGAACUAACGGUGCUCAUUCUCACCAACGCAUCUUUCAUCACUCUCGACCAGGUGGUGUCUCCAUCACUUCCGCAGCUGCUUGAACGAGUGGCUGGUCUGCUGAUCAUGGUGCUUAUCGAGGUGGUCUUUGAGGGCGUACUAUUCGUUUGGCUGGUCCGGUCCGCCAAUUUGCCUCUCCUGAGAAGCAUGGCGGAGCCUGGGUUUAUGAGAAUGUAUGUACUCGGACUGGCGAUCGGCGGCGGCAUAAUUGUGCUUCGUGGAGGGCCAUACUUUGUCCUGUGGCACUUGAGCACUCUGGACGAGAGCAGGUAUGGCCAAAUGGGGACGCAGGAGUUCUGUCCGUACCACUCGACCCUGCAAGACCUGCCAUAGGCUGCAUGAGACUUGUGUAUGCGGGGAAAUUAGAGAUGAGUGGUAAACGACUGACAGUGUCUGGUCUGCCUUGCCAACAUACCAACGGUAUGGCAUGGCACAGGGGCCUUUUGCUUACGUCAAUGUGUCAUUUGUGGCGAUCAAAUGUGGACGAUGCUAAGACACUUCUGACGGGAGUGGCCUUGAUGUCUCUGUCUUUGAAAUCUGUAUGCCAGGCCGUCUCGCUGAUGUUAGCUGAAGAAUUUCUUGAUG